ACCUCCCACUGUUGGCGUCUCAGAAAAGAAGCCCUGGCUCAUCUUGAGAUGAGAGGAGCUACAAGAUUUGACUGGCUCCUUCUGAUCAUGAGUCUUAACGGGAGCCUUUGCGGAUGAUGAGUGGGAGGAGGAGGAGGUGGUGGCGCUGCCACACGGAGGACAAAAGGACCAAGCAGGGAAAAUGAUGAAAAGGAAACCGGAGCUCUCGUUGAGGAGAAAAGUGAAGAUGAGAUGGGCAGUGGAUGGGAUUUUGGAAAGGGUGCAGAUGGCAGCUGUGGUCCUGAUGUGAGGAUAAAAAAAGGCAAAAGGAAGAAUCUCAUCUGGGACAUGUAAGAUGUCAGGGGUAGAGUAGAGCAUACCUGAGUGAAGGAGAGGCUUACGCGUUAAUGGAGGAGAGCGAGGCAGAGAGAGGAACUUUUUAAAGGGGUGUCAGUGAAGCUAUGUUAAAACAGGAGAACAUCUUCAAGGGAGAAAGAUGGCAGGGGUGAAAGAAACAUUCAGUAAGAUGACAAGGAGAAGGAGAAGGAAUAGGACUGGGAUUGACUUCUAAACUGAGACCACUGGUUUGGUCUGUAAGCUGCUGUUCAGAAGAAAAAGUAAAAAGUGACAUUUAAAAUGUCUUCAGUGUGUCUAAUUGUUCCCUGAUCAAUAAAGCGAUGGUCUGUGAGAAGGACCGAGCAGUCAAGGAAAGGUUACAGUCUAUAAAGAUGCCUCUUUUUUAUUUAAGAGGACAACUGGGGGUAAAAUUUACCAACAUCUAAAUCGUGGGGCUCAUUGAAGAGGUCAAAGGUAAUAAACCUCAUCAUCGACAAGCUAGAGGAACGCUAGGGAUGCACCGAUGGAUCGGCAUUUGAUCCCAAUCGGCCGAUAGCGCCCCUAUCGGUUUUGAUCGGAGUUUUCAAAAUAGAUCAAAGCAGACCGAUCAGGUAGGGUUGUCACGGUAACUGGUGUAGCGGUAAACCCCGGUAAAAAAGUUGACAAUAAUAAUAACCGUCUUGUUUUAAAAAAAACUAUAUUAUCUCGGUGGAUUACCGUGGCUGCGGUGUAGGCGCUGUGACCCUUACCAGCCACCGUAUCAUCUGCUGAAGUUGCCGGCGGCACAUGCGCACUUUGUUGUUUACAACCAAAACUUUCUUGAUGCUAAAGCUGAAAUAAUGGCCAAAGGAGGAGACGGCAGCGCUCAGGACAUUUAUUAUCCCUCAAAGAAGACAAAGUCAGAAGUACUGGCAUUUUUUGGAUAUUUGAAGAUUGCCGAGGGACAGUUUAUAGAAGACGGCUAUCCUGUUUGCAGCACGUGCAGAAAAAGUGUCUGUGAACGACAGCAACGCUUCAAAUCUCAUGACACAUCUGCGUGACCAUCACCCACAACUCUACAGUCAACACAAGGCAAGCUAACGUUAGCGUUUUAGCUAAAAUGCGUGAUCCGAGGAUUUGGGUUGAGGGAGAAUGCAACGAGUCGCUAUAUAAAGCAGCCGCAGCGCCGCUACCUGCAUAUAAACCGUGUCGCGGACACCGCCAUGUUGAAAUGACGCUAUGCAUUACGGGACUCCCAGGGGCAGAUAAGAGUUGGUCUCUCUCCGAGAAUAAUUAUGAAUUUAACAACGAUUACUGCCUGAUGACAUUUUCCCACAUCUGCAAAGCUCACUGGAAGGACACAAACCGAGGACGAUAUUUUCCUGAUAUAGGGUUUAUUACUCAAGUAAGGGUAAAAAAGUAUCUGAUUAGAAGCUACUUGAGUACUGAGCAUCAUCUGAUCUAAUAUUUUUAAAAUGAUGACAUCAAACAGACAUAAAAUAAGAAGUUACACACUUUUUGGCGCUGACCAGUGACAUCACUCAUUGCUGACGCAGUCGUGAAUUACUGACGUCUGCGCCAAGUCCUGUUGGGGCUGAAUUUGUUGGGAGACACACUAGCUGAGAGGACCAAGCCAUCUUGUCUCCUGGUCAAUUCCCCCGCCCCAGAUUACCCUGAAGUUGUGCCUAAUCAAAGCAAAUCCCCCUCCCCCCAGCGUCCAGAAACUAUUUUAGCUACUGUGAAGUGCUCUAUUAGAGUAAAAUGUAAAAAAUAAAAUAGUUGGUUUCUUGAGUCUAGUUUUCAAAUUUUUUUAUUUAAGUGUUUCCAGGUUUAACAUGUUUAUUUUAAAGGCUCAUAAAUCCUUGAAGAAUGGAUCUGAAAUGAAAGCAGAAUGAAAUGUAGCUGUGAACCUGAACCCUGAAUGCUAAUCAGGUGCCUACUGAAUGUGUAAAUAGGAACAUUUCUGGAUGAAUUAAUUGUGAUAACACUAUAAUAAUCUCCCUGUUUGACAUGAUGAGACAAGUUGAAAACCAAAGUAGCCUGAAGUCAAUUAAUGCAGAUUUAAAUGGGAUUUGUUUUAGUGUUGACAGUAAUUAAGGAUUCAUUCUGCGCGAAUUAAUGUUUUUUAAAUGAGGCUGGAAGUUUUGAGGCAACUCCAUUAGACAAGUGUAAUUUAUAUCCUUUAAAGGUCUCAGAAAGUCAUCCAGUCAUCUGUUGAAAAGGCAAACCAACGUGGCGUAAAGCAGACACGAAGGCACCACGACUGAACACGUUACAGAGUUUGUUCUAGCUCCAGAUUGUACAGACUAGUUUCUAUGCCAACGCAUUUCUCAGGUAUAAUUAUGUUGAUGCUGCACAUUGUUAGAAGUGACAGUACACCUUUGUGUUUGGUGUCCUACAUCCUUUUCAGCUGCUGCGCUCUUCUGGUUCUAUCUGCGGCUCGUUGGAGGGGCCGACGGCGCUCAAGUCUGUUCAAAACUGGCUGCUCAUUUAUCUGGAGCGAGUCUGUAAACUCAGAACCAAGCUAAUGCUUCUUCCAGGUGGUUUCUUGGACAACGAAAGAAAAGAUGCUUUAUGAAAUGAUUCCAAAUGGCAACAAAAGCUGUUGGGUGGGAACGGUGAAACCCUCACUGAAUCCGUUUCUGCAUCAGAUGGACAACCAUUGGUUAAAGAUAUGGUUAAACAUAGGGCUGGGCGAUGUGGCCUAAAACUAAUAUCACGAUAUAUUGAGAAUUUUACCUCGAUAACGAUAAAUGGAUGAUAACUACAGGUAUGCGCAGAAACAAAGUUGUCCACUAGAGGGGGCUGUCGCGUGCAUUACGUUGAGUCACAUUUUUACGUGACUCAAGGUGGCGCAGCUUCUUAAAGGGACAUGAAUGUCUCCAAACUACACACCUAUUCAUUUUCUCAUUAUCACAUUUAUUUACAUGGGAAAAAUCACGAUAAGAGUCAGAAAUUUCGAUAAUGAUACAUUUUCGAUUUAUUGCCCAGCCCUGUCGAUCUCCCGAUCCCUCCUACCCUCACUCGUGAACAAGACCCCGAAAUACUUAAACUCCUCCACUUGAGGUAGGACCUCUCUCCCGGCCCGGAGUUGGCAAGCCACUAGGGAUGUGUAUUUUUGAAAUUCUGGCGAUACGAUACGUAUCACGAUACAGGGGAGACGAUACAAUAUAUCACGAUAUAUUGCGAUACAUUCAGUCAGACGUUACAAGCAAUUUUUUUUUACUGAAUUUUUUGUAAGAAUGUUCAAUAAACAGUCCAAACUGAUACGUAACAUGUUUAACAUGAGGUAUCUGAACCAUGAUGGAGGGAUUUACAUUUCAAUGGUGGAAACAAAACCCGCUGCACACUGCUGCCAACUAGCGGGUGGCGAUUGAAUUGCGCAAAACGAAAAGAAAAUACACAAAUGUUUGCAUGUAAAUUCUUUCAGGAAUUAGAUACACGGCUUUUGAAUAUCGAUGUAAUAAUCGCAGGAAAAAAUAUCACGAUAUAUUGCCAUAUCGAUAUUUCCGAUACACUGCUUUUGAAUAUCGAUAUAAUAUUGCUGGGGAAAAUAUCACGAUAUAUUGCCAUAUCGAUAUUUUCUUACAUCCCUACAAGCCACCCUUUUCCGGUCGAGAACCACGGUCUCAGAUUUAGAGGUGCUGUUGGGUGUGUUCAAUCCAUCUGGACUCCAUCGGUAAAAUGUAGAGCAGCUGUUGUUAAGAGGACUGAAUGGGAAACAAUUGGGUUUGAAAGGUGAGGUGUGGAGUGGAACGUAACCAAAUUAGAGGUUAGUUUUAAGGUGUUGGGAGAAAAGAUGGGGCUGCCACGAACAAAGAGAUGGAUUUAAAUGUGCUGGUUUAGACUAGAUGGAAGAUUCUUGUUUCAGUCGGGAGGCGAGUGGACGGAGUGAAGGAUGGCUGAAAUGAACCAAGGAAACAAAAGACUCCAGCGCGGCUGAGCAGGAGAUCAGGGAGGUCAGAAAGUAGCAGAAGCAGAGAUGAGGAGCAAAUUCUGUGAACAAAAGAUGGAAUCAGAGGUCAGUGAAGGUGAAGGCAAGAAAAUUAGAAGGCUAAAUUAAAAGUGUGGAGAGACGGAGAGGAGGGGAAGUGAUGCAUGAAGGGAACGCUUUGCAGGAGGCUCGGCCUUCUUUCAUUUUAGCACUUUAGCAGUUUGGACACUGAUUCUCCUAGCUUCGUCUUCCCCUGUUGUCUCAUCUGUCCUUUUAGUUUCAGCUGGGUGGUUUUUUAGAGGUGCUGUGAUUUACCACAACAACAAUGUUGUUUCUCUGCUGAUUGGAAGAGCUGAGGUUAAAAACAAACCUACUGAUCAGUGGUUUUGUUCUCUCUUACAUGCCUCUCUGCAGAUUUUAUCACUGCUUUUUCUUUAACCAACCAUUUUAUUUUCCUCCACAUCUUCUACCCCUAAGCCUGCAGGCCAGUCCCCGGCUCGUUCUCGUUGUCCAUUAUUGUCAGAGCUAAUGAGGACUUUUAUAAUGAAACGCAGACGGGCCGCUGACAGCGUGUGAUUAAGAAUUAUGGGAGAAACAACAUUUUCUUCCACCGAUCUAAUACCUGCAGGCUGUGAAUACGUACAAUUAUUGCAUUAAUAUGCUUUCUUAGUCUGCACAGGUUUGAUUGUAAGGUGGUAUUAAUGUGUGCAUUCUCUGACCGUUAGCAUCCGUCUCCUAACUCUCUGUAUUUAUCUUUUCAAGCCUUUUCAGAUGGAAUUGCAUCAAGAAAAAAUGGUAAAUGGCCUGUAUUUUGAUAUAGCGCCUUCGAGAGUCCUGGAACCCCCCAAGGCGCUUUACAACACAUUCAGUCAUUCACCCAUUCACACACACAUUCACACAGUGGUGGGGAUGAGCUACGAUGUAGCCACAGCUGCCCUGGGGCACACUGACAGGCGAGGCUGCCGAGCACUGGCACCACCGGUCCCUCCGACCACCACCAGCAGGCAAGGUGGGUUAAGUGUCUUGCCCAAGGACACAACAACAGCGACAGACUGAGCGGGACUCGAACCUGCAACCUUCAGAUUACGGGGCAAGCACUUAACUCCUGUGCCACCGUCACCAGAUGCACAGCUCUGCUGAUCAAGAUAUUAGCAAUACAAGAUCUUAAAAGGAGCCAUUUUCACUUCCUGCUAAGAGCCUUUCUGCUAUUUUCUGUUUUCAUAAUCAGUUUUUUAAAUAUUCAAAUGACUAAUUAUGCAUAAAACAUCAAGAUGUAGAGAAAAGAUAAUGAAGUCUCAGUGUCAGAAUACUAAAUCUGAAAGAUAACCUAACUUUUUCCUCUACCAUGCAGAUGAACCUCUUCACCUAAGGGUUAGAGAAAACAGCGGAGAGGAGGGUUGGAUGGAGGGCCUGGUUAAACAAGAUGCAACAAAUGAACCAUACCCUUAUCCAGCAACCUUAUCUUAAGCCACCUUCCCAUUUGUACCUGACAAAGCUCAGCUAUGUUUGGCUUAUUCUCUUCGUUUCUUUUUUCCCUACAAGGAAUUUUCUGUCGGCUCUAGUUGAAGCAUUACUCCGAUUCCUUUAUCCCUGAUCCAGAGAGGAGCUUCUUUGAACUGAAAGCUGUUGUCUUCCUUUACACCGAGACGUGGACCAGCAGACAGGAAUGCUCGUACCGUCAGGUCCCUCGUGGCUAAUAAUAAAUGAAGCUACAGCGUCUGUUCACAGAGCUCUGGGUUCUGGAGCCUGCUCGCCUGUUUCCUGUUCUUUUAUUGUAAUCACUUAAUUUAAAUUGGUAGUGUUAAUUCUAGUAGAUUACUUCUGAUUAUAACGGUGGCCCAACUGGCUCCGCAGGGACGGGCUUAUUACUGGGUGGGUCUGGUGUGGGCUGGGAAGUGAACCAGCAACCUUUUUAGUGAAAGGAGAGACCUCCAGUAGCUGUGAGAGUCAGUAGUUACUCAGCUCACUGCGAGGAAACACACCGUACUCUGGUGAUGACUGCUAAUACCUAAAGGAGUUUGUCUGCUAGCAGGCACACACACUCACACACACACACACACACACACACACGCACACACACGUGUGUGUGUGUUCAGAUGAGAUUCUGUGUGUUUGCGCAUUACGCUGCAUUUUUUAAUUACUCAGAUCAGGGCCAGGGUUUUGCCUCCAGCAGGGAAAGCAGAAGGUGGGAGGUCUGUGGCGUGUUGUUGUUGGCCCACACACACACACACACACACACACACACACACACACUCUGUCUUGCUUUAAUAGGGCCACUUAUGAGUUUCAAAUGAAACUGCCCUCUAACCUGAUGUCAGGGGACACACACACUUCAGACUGCUGCUCCCCCCGUCGCUGCUGAUGGUCUCACAUUUAGAGCUUUGUCUAACACUCACUGCCCGGUAUCUAAACCUACAGGGAUCGGACGUUUUCCCCCCAUGAGCCCCCGUGCCCAGAACUCAAACACACACAGUACUGGGCACGAGGCUAGGCAGGUGUAGAAGACGAGUGCAGCGAGGUAGGGGUGCUUUGUCUGCUCUUCCAGGGCUUUUCAGCUCACAAGCUGGUCGGAGAAGAAUGUAAUUAGUAUUCAGUGUGAGGAGUUCAAAAAGUGCUGGUCAAGCUCUUUAGAGAAGAACACAGAAACGAGGAAAGUCAAAUCGCCUUUCUCCCAUUUUGUGGUCUCCAGCAGAACCAGCAACAGCGCAGAAUUUUAAAACGUCUAGUAGGAAGAAGUAAGCGGCAAAAGAAACGCAGACUCUCUGGACUAAAUCCUUCCACUCCGCGCUGACAUGGCUCCACGGAAGAGAACCACCAGGCAGCAGAAGAACAACCCGAAGGUCGCGAAGAUCGAAGCUUUUCUGCAUGACUACGACAGCGAAGUGAAAACCAGGGUGGACCAGCUGCAGGGGCAGUUGGAAGGCCUGCUGAAGGACGUGGACAACCGCUACGACAUGGCUCUGAUCAAACUAUCCAAAGCUGAGCGACAGGCCGUCUGGUUGGAGCACUGCAGUGCUGAAAAACCCAAAACCCCAGAAGUCAGCGACACAAAGAGAGAAGAGGAGGAUGCGAUCUGCGAGAGCGUCGUUGCCGACGACCACUCCGUCCUGAAAUCCAUCCAGAAGACGGUGAAGAAGAAAGGUGGAGCCUCCUCAGAAGAUGAAAACCUGCUGACCUCAAAGAAGGGGAGAACAAGCAAGAAGCCCCCGUCCUCAUCAAAACGAUCCAAGGCGGUCAGCAAACAGAGCGCCGUCGUCAGACACUCCAACAGGAAGCCGAUGGUCACUCCUGCCAGAUCCGUGCUGGACUCCUCCCUAAUGAUGGGACAGACUCCUCUCAUCACCCCACGCUUCGACCCCAGACUUCCUAAAACUCCCGCGGUGAGAGUUCCUCGUCACAAAGAGAAAGUCUACAGCAUCUCCGUCAACGGGUCUCCCAUCGCAGCGGGAAGUCAGGACAUCGUCAUCAGCGUUCCUGUGGGGAACGGAGAGAACCUGCAGCUGCUGGCCAGUCAGAUGGACUCGGUGGACCUGUCCCUGCUGGACGAGACGGCUCUGAGAAGCAUUCGACAUCUGCAGAAUCGCCUGACGGCUCUGUGUGGGACGGCCGAGUGACUCCAUCUGACCUUCCGUGUUCUAGUGUCCGGGUUCUGGAGCGUCCCGAAGUUCUCCUCUUGUCCCUGAAACCUAAGAACAUUCAGAACUUUAGUCCUGUAAAUAUUCACUAGUCCCUGUUUUAUGUUCAGUCUGAUCCUGUUUUUGGUUUUAGUGGCGCUGAUGUUGGUUUGUACUGAUUUUUACUGGUUUAUACUGGUUCAGACUGGUUUAUACUGGUCUGGUCUGGUUUAUACUAGUUUAUACUGGCCUAAACUGGUCUGGACUGGUUUAUACUGGUUCAGACUGGUUUAUACUG